UGUUAAUGUACUUUGAGGUACAAGAAUUAGGAAAGAUUGCUAUUAAAAGUACAAUCUAAAAUGAUCACUUGGUUUCAUAUACAAGUAUUCUCUAAAUUUUAAACUAGAUGCAUUUACUUCUGGAUUAUUUUUAUCUGUAGGUAUUUUACAUAUUUUACCAGAAUCAAAUGAGACAUUAAUAGAAUUUGUAGAUUAUCCUAUUGCAUUUCUGAUUGCAAUAUUUGGAUUUUCUCUUCUACUCUUUGUGGAGAAAGUUCUAUUUAGAAAUAUAGAAGAUAACUCUUGUAGUUAGGAAUUAUAAUAAUUAGAUCAUUAAGGAAAGCAUUAAGUGAUUAUUCUUGAAAAUUCGGAACAUUAACAUACAGAUAAAUUAAUUAAUUCCUUCAAACAUGAUUAAAAUAGUCUUAAACCAUAUUUACUAUCAAUUACAAUAGGAUUGCAUGCUAUAUUUGAAGGAAUAGCAAUUGGAGUUACAACAAAAACUUCUGAUACCUUAGCCUUAGGAUUAACUUUGAUGAGUCAUAAAUGGGCUGAAGGUUGGGCUUUGGGUAUAGCUUUUAGAUAGUCCAAUAUUUAAAAAGAUAGACAAAUUAAAUUCAUUAUAUGUGCUGCUUUUUUAUCUCCAAUAGGUAUUUUCUUAGGUAUGUUGAUUUCAAACCAAAGUAUCUUAAUUAUAGGAAUUGUUUAAAGUAUAACAGCUGGAUCCUUUAUUUAUAUUGCCUCUACUGAAUUAAUUGUAGAAGAAUUCAAUAAAAUUUAAAAUUAAACAUUUUAAUAUAUUCUAUACCUAUUAGGCAUAAUAUUAAUGUCUUUAAUUGUGUAUUUUGAAUGA